AUGGACAGUGGGGAGGUGUCAUGGAUUGUGUGUAGCCUUCAUGGCCUUGUCCAGGGGGGUGGUCUAGCAAUGUCGCAGAUCGCUGAUUUUCGUGUGGCAGAUUCUGAGACGAGCUAUGUCUUGGGAAACUUGUCCCGUGGCGCAGUGCCGUGCAUGUUGCUUUCUGGACUACUUCCCUUGCGUUUUUCAUCAUUGGCUGAAGCGAUGGCUUUCUACUUAGAAGAUACCAUCCUUGACAUGAGCAGUGCAUUGUCACUAGAUCUUGUUCAAGAAGUUUUAUCAUCAGUCUCGAGAUCCAAAGAAGCUGCGUUUCGAGCUGCCUCGGAGAUACUGCCUGCAGCCGCCUGGCGAAGGUUGGCCUUGAGGCCACUGAUAGAUAUCCAUCGUUUUGCACAAGAAUCCUAUGCCCUCCAGCUGUCCUUGAAGUGUGGCGAAGCAUUUCAAGUGGAUCGAGAGCGACAGCUUCCGGCCCCAAAUUCGAGCGAACGAAGGCGACUUGAAAGACGAACGAAGGACUCGGUCCAUCGGAAGGUUGGCCAAAGGUCCGAAGGACUCGAAGGGGCCGAACGAGUAGAGCCCUGGCGAUCCUUGCCGUCAGUGCAUCUGACCCUGCCACGUCGUGUGGUGGAGAUCCUCGCGGAGGUCUCUAGGAAUCGCUGGAAUGUUCCCAGACCAAGACCAGAUCAGACCACGCGGCCCAAAGAGGUCCAAGCACGUUCGUGGAGCGUUGUGUUUCGUGACCUUGAGGUCCUUCAGAGGCUUCUUGACCUGUUCCGUACAAAGGAAUCGUUCCCGAUGGGGUCCACGGUCUGUGAGUUGGCGCGUUCAAAGAUACACCAAGUCCAUUUCCGCUCAACCAGCAUCAAGAAGCUGACCAGUGGACAUCAAUUUCAGGAAAUCCAUGCUGCCAAGGAUACCCCAGAUCAAGACAGCUUGAUGCUUCAUUCAGUCACAAGUAUUUGUACAAGAUGGAACUUAGCUCAGGCAUGCGCUCUUGCAUAA